AAACAUCGCGUCGAAAGCGAGUUUGACAGUGGGGCAUUGCAAACAUCUCGUGUGCAUCGAAAAGAUACGCGAUCAAAUUUUCGGCUAAAUAAACUAAAGAUUUCAUUGUUUCUAAAAAAAACAACUCAACUAGUGCCUCACCAAGCAAUGGAAGACCGGAAACGUGACCGAAAUUAAAACAGUGAAUGUUGUUCUGCUUUUCAACGUUGCGCUUGGUGCUGGCCUUGUCGAGAAAAAGUUAUCACAAGUGGAAAAUAUAACCUCACUUUUUCGGCGCGUAUUGCGCUCGGACCUGAAAGGGAAACAAACCGCUCGAACCAAAACGUACUUCAUACGCUAGUCCUAAACCCACGCGUCUUUUACGAAUUCUAGCGGCCGGAUCAUUUCUUAGUUUCUAAUGCAAUACAUCGUUUGCGCUCGAUAAUGCCGGUUGUAUUAGAAAUGUCCUUUUCUUAGCGUGAAAGUGUUAACUUUAGUUUUAAUGCCCCAUUUCGGGCAUGGUAUUGACAAAUCACAGUGAUAAAAGUGCAAUCAGAGUGAAGCAAUUGUUUUCAUUCGUGUUCGUACGAGUCUCGUACGCCAAGGGAGCCUACGUGUGAGGCUUGGGUAGUGAAAGACCUUGUGUAAAAUCACAAGUACGGGAACCAGUGAAACAUUCUGACGCUUGCAGCAGUUAACGGGAGGCUGCUUGUUGAACGCAUCAAAUCGCCCUCUCGGAGAUGGCUGAUGAACAAGGACUGCAACAGGGAGAGACUCUCGCUGGCGGUAUGCUGCAACAGCAGCAUAAUCAGCAGCAUCCGGAUGAGGAGGAAGAGGAAGAAGCUGGCAGCUUGAACGUGCGACCGAACGUUGGCAUAAAACGUAGAUACAGCGAGCUAAUGUGCGAGAGUGACGAGGACGAUUUCGCUGGAUUCGACGAGGACGCUGCUAGCAGUGAAAAUGGUACUAUGAGUUCCCCGAGACCCUUGGAGAUAAUAUCCGAGGGUAUUUUGACAGCAGCGGAUAAUAAGUUGUCAGAAAACAGCAAACCAGGCGAAGAGGACGGUGCAUCUGAGUUACAAAACAGUUUUAAACAGGAAGAAAUGGAUAUUGGCAGCUCAGCUAUUGGAGAAAAUAAUAAAAGUUUGGUGAAGAGAAAAAUAAAUGUACCCAUUAACACGCAAGAUGAUAUCUACAAAGUACCAUUUAAAUAUGGUUGGAAGCGAGAACUGGUGUAUAGAGCCAACAUGGAUGGAAAUAGUAAAGAUAAGGGUGAAGUAUAUUACAUUACACCUAAUGGAAAGAAAUUACGUACCCGAAAUGAUAUCGUAUCUGCGUUACACGAUGAUCUCACGAUGGAUAAUUUUACAUUCGCUAAAGAGCCUGUUGGAGGAACACCAGACGAAGAAACAAUCAGGAGUGCCAAAUCUUACAGUAAUUUGCCCAAACGAUCAAUGCCCGGGGCAGCACAUUCUAUGGAUACUUCGGCAGAUUUGGGCAAACGUGUCCCGAAACCUAAAAUGCCGAAAGGAGCGAGUCCUCCUCCACCAUCAUCCUACGCCAAGACUAACUCGCUUAGUCUAACGCCACUAUCAAAAUCGUUUGCUUCGAAUGUAGAAAACUCGCCUAAAACCAACCCAGUGUCCGCAAACGCGUUAGGUUCCACGGGUGGGCAACGUAGCAGAACUCAGGGAGCCACGGGAUCAAUUAAAGGAAAUGAAAUCAGUGGAAUAACCGGAAAGCAGGCUAAAAUGGCUGGAAAAAAUAGGGUCGAAACUUGUACAAUCCAAUGUAUACCAGCGAUGGGAAUGAUACCGCAGCUGCAGUGUAUGGUAUGCUACUGCAUGUACCAUCCGGAAUGUGUUAGUGCUACAACAGCUGAAGCAUUGGCUCGUCGAUUUACUUGCAAGAGCUGCAUGGAGGACUCUAUUGCAGCGGAGCAACAGCAGCAACAAACAUACAAAGAAUCGUUCGGGAACUUUGGCAUGAUUAACAAUAACGGAAACAGUAGCAUCAGUGCGACAAAACCGUCAUUAACUUCAAAUAAUGGCGAAGCAUUAACGUCGAAACCGGCAGUAAAAUCCGCUCACAGUAGUGGACAGGUUGCUGCAACCAAAGAAAAGACAAGGCGUGCUCAACUGCAGAGUGCCGGACUUAAAGCUGACGUACCACCGGUAAAUACACCGACAGGUACAUGCGGGCAAAUUAACUCUUCCACGAAGGACAUACCACCACAAGAUGUUCUCGUCAUUGGCAGUCAUGAAUAUGUGGUUGUACCAAAAGGCAAAGCAACCGCUGUGAAGAGCAAAAAAUCUUCUACCAAACCCACAAAUCCUCAACCGCAGGUCGCAAUCAAAUUUCCGGAAGAUGCUCGAAAGAUGGGUAAUAACGCUGGAGGGGCUUCCACUAACGCUAAGCCAGCGAACUGUGCAAAUGAUCGCAUCUCAGAUGACGACACAUCAUCGCCUGUUGGUGGUGGAGGUCAGACUCGCAACAGUUCCUCGGCAGCACAAAAUGGAAGCGGUCGUGAUCCGUCCAACUUCUUGUCAGAUGUUUCUGCAGGAUAUACUUGUUUGAUGCUAAGCUUCAACUAUCUCAAAGUACAAGAACUUCUACGUGCCUGCAGUGUUUGCCGUAUGUGGAAUCAUUUAGGAAACCAUCCCCGAUUCUGGGAAACUGUACGCAUGAAGAACUCUUACAUCAGCGAUUGGGCCGGAAUGAUAGCUAAGCUUCGAAAAAAUGGUACAAAGCAUCUAGAUUUACGAAAGGUUUUGAACGUCGGUAGUAAUGACGAGAUGUGGCAAAGUUUUAAUGAUCACAUUGGGCAGGCAGAUCAAAUAGAAGUUAUUGACCUGUGUCGGUGCUCUUCAACAGUUGUGGGGAACUUGCUUCGAUCAAACCCAAACCUGCGGGUAGUCAACGCACUCGCAAUAAAGAAUGAUCCCAUCGAUUUUGUGAAUUUCGAACACGGUGCAAAUUUGGAAGAAUUGCGUCUUAAAUCUUCAGCCGCCAUUUCACUGGAAGGGGAUCUGCACCAGCUGGCAGCUUUGCGUAACCUGAAACACCUAUCAUUAACCUCCAUUAGCAAGUUGGGUUCUACGUCGAUCGAAGCCUUGGGGUCACUCGUACUUUUAGAAUCGCUUGAACUGGGUGAAUGUACCGAAAUGGGAUCCAAUCUUGCCAACGUGCUAUCCAACCUAACAGCCUUGAAACGGCUUAGGCUCGAGAAAGGACAGGAGAACUUUGAUAUGUUUACCAUUCUGAAUGGCAUAGCCAGAGUGAAAAGCUUAACACAGUUAGAAUUAAUCAAUUGUGAUGUGAAGAUGGGAUUCGAUCGACACAUCUCCAACUGCACGAAUGUGAAGAAAUUGCUACUAAUCCCAACGUAUGUGUCUCAGUCAGCUGCCACGAAUCGGAUGGUCUUGAAAGGAAUAAUCAAGCUGCACCAAACAUUAGAAACGGUAGUGUGGGCCAUAACGGUUGAACUGUUGCGUGUGACGGAGCUCUACAUCGAUGCGAAUGUUGAAGACGCAGAAAAUCAAAUGGGAGGUAGCAUUCCCAUCUUGAAGCCUGUACCUGGAAGCGAUGAUCCACCAUCCGCUAUCGGUUCUCAAUUGGAUCUGCCCGAAGAGGUAGAAAUCGUGCCGCUGAAGAGAGUUCAAUCCAUUUUGAAACGCAAAGUUCCAAACAUCAAGUUUCAAAUAUUGAAAAUUCCUUUCAACAACACUUGGAAACAGACCAUGUGCGAUUUGGUGUAGUGGGGGAGAGGAAAUGGGAUUCGUCAUUGUUAAAUGAUCAUCAGAGUCAUAAGUUUGCUCACGUGUAAAUAGUGUAAAGAAUGCAGCGCCCAAUUAUUUACGUGUAGUUUAAUCGCUUGAUGGAUAGACAACUUUUCGCUGGAUGAAAGUUCCAGUAUUGCUCCGAGUGUGAAAAACUCGCUUUAAAUUUUAUCUUAUUUCCAAUCAGAUCGUCAAAGUUUUUAGUUUUUUUUUUCCUGCUAUGAUAGUUAAGAAUGUAACUAGAGGCAUAUUUUUUUUCUGGAAUAUUACAAACUGUAGCAAGUACUAGUGUCGGGGAUAAUAAAUUAACAUCGACGGUUGAUUUACUAGGAUACGACAAACGUGUACUUCAAUUAUUUUAAAAAUUAGCAAUGAUUUUAUUAUAUUCUUCGAGCGUACACACACAAGACAUGUAAGAAGUGUAGGAAAAAGAUGUACAUUUUAAGAAUUAAAAUGAUCGAAUUGAAAGUGA